UGAGAUUUAAAGUAUAGAUGGUAAAAAUAGUGCCUUUUGUUUUAAUUCCACAGAAUGGCAGCAUACUUGUUUAACAUUGAAUUCUGUGCAAGAAAGAAAAAAUUUAAUAUAUUCCUUGCCAACAAGUGGUGGAAAAACCCUUGUGGCUGAGAUCAUAAUGCUACAAGAACUGCUUUGCCAGCAGAAAGAUGUUUUAAUGAUCCUUCCAUACGUGGCAAUUGUCCAAGAAAAGAUUUCAGGUUUGUCAAGUUUUGGUAUAGAACUCGGUUUCUUUGUUGAAGAAUACGCUGGGAGCAAAGGAAGAUUUCCUCCAACUAAAAGAAGGGGGAAGAAAUCACUGUAUAUUGCCACUAUCGAAAAAGGACAUAGCUUGGUGAACUCCUUGAUUGAAACUGGGAGGGUCAGCAGUCUGGGCCUGGUUGUUGUAGAUGAGUUGCAUAUGAUUGGUGAAGGAAGCCGUGGAGCGAUACUGGAAAUGACUCUAGCAAAAAUCCUUUACACUAGCAAAACAACUCAGAUUAUUGGUAUGAGUGCAACAUUAAACAAUGUUGAAGACCUACAAGAGUUCCUUCAAGCAGAAUAUUACACCAAUCAAUUCAGACCAGUAUGUACCUAAGGUUGAAUUAAAAGAAUAUCUGAAAAUAAAUGAUACAAUAUAUGAGGUUGACAGCAAAGCUGAGAAUGGCAUGACUUUUUCGCGCCUCCUUAAUUAUAAGUAUUCCGAUACCCUAAAAAAGAUGGAUCCUGAUCACUUGGUAGCAUUGGUGACCGAAGUUAUUCCCAAGUAUUCCUGCUUAGUCUUUUGUCCCACUAAGAAGAACUGUGAAAAUGUAGCAGAAAUGAUAUGCAAAUUUUUAAGCAAGGAAUAUCUGAAACACAAGGAGAAAGAAAAAUACGAGGUGCUUAAGGACUUGAGGAAUAUGAGCAGUGGCAAUUUGUGUCCUGUUUUAAAACGCACUAUCCCGUUUGGAGUUGCUUAUCACCACGGUGGUUUAACAAGUGAUGAAAGGAAGCUCUUGGAGGAGGCCUACUCCGCAGGAGUUCUCUGUCUUUUCACCUGCACAUCCACCCUAGCAGCAGGGGUCAACCUGCCAGCUCGCAGAGUUAUUUUAAGAGCUCCCUAUGUUGCUAAGGAAUUUUUAAAGAGGAAUCAAUAUAAACAGAUGAUUGGCAGAGCUGGCCGAGCUGGAAUAGAUACUGUUGGGGAAAGCAUCCUUAUAUUGCAAGAGAAAGACAAGCAACAGGUAUUGGAGUUAAUAACUGGACCAAUGGAAAACUGUUAUAGCCAUCUUGUUCAGGAAUUCACCAAGGGAAUCCACACUUUGUUUCUCUCUUUGAUUGGUUUAAAGAUUGCAACAAGCCUCGGUGACAUCUAUCAAUUUAUGAAUGGUACGUUGUUUGGUGUUCAGCAAAAGGUUUUAUUGAAAGAAAAAAGUCUGUGGGAAGUCACUGUUGAAUCACUUAGAUACCUGACAGAGAAAGGACUCCUGCAAAAAGACUCUAUUCAUAAGUCUGAAGAAGCCCAGUGUAAUUUUCAUAUUACAAAGUUGGGACGAGCUUCUUUUUUAGGAACUAUAGAUUUAGCUUAUUGUAACGUUCUCUACAAAGACUUAGAGAAAGGUCUGGAAGGACUUGUGCUUGAGAGCCUUUUUCACCUAAUCUACCUGACAACCCCCUAUGAUCUGGUUUCUCAGUGUGAACCUAAUUGGAUGAUAUACUUCUGGCAGUUUAGCCAACUCAGUCCAGCAGAACAAAAUGUAGCUGCUCUCCUGGGAGUCUCUGAAAGCUUUAUCGGGAAGAAAGCCUCAGGUCAAGCCAUCAAGAAGAAGGUGGACAAAGACAUAGUCAACAGACUCUACCUGUCUUUUGUUCUUUAUACGUUGCUCAAAGAGACCAACAUUUGGAGUGUGUCUGAAAAAUUUAACCUGCCUCGAGGAUAUGUGCAGAAUCUUCUCACCGGAGCUGCCUCAUUCUCGUCUUGUGUGUUACAUUUCUGCGAGGAACUGGAGGAGUUUUGGGUUUAUAGAGCCCUGUUGGUGGAACUGACCAAGAAACUGACGUACUGCGUGAAGGCAGAGCUCGUCCCUCUCAUGGAAGUGGCCGGAGUUUUAGAGGGUCGAGCAAGACAGCUGUACAACGCAGGUUACAGAAGCUUAACGCACUUAGCCAAUGCCAAUCCGGAAGUGCUGAUAGGGACGAUUGACCACUUGUCACGACGCCAGGCCAAGCAAAUUGUGUCGUCGGCAAAGAUGCUAUUGCAUGAAAAAGCAGAGGCUUUGCAGGAAGAAGUGGAAGAAUUAUUGAGGGUGCCUUCGGACUUCCCGGGUGCUGUGGCCCCUUCCAUAGAAAAGGCAUGAAUUUAUCUGUUGAGCAUUUCCAAAUAUGAAUUAUUUAUUGUCCAUACA